UUCGCCCAACUCCACGUCUGCUCUGUCUCUCCUUCCUUUCCGUUCUUUUCUGGAUAUCUGAGGAGAAACGAUGCAGCGCUCCGUUGCAGCUGCUCUCGUAGCAGCCAACCUCAUCACCAGCGUGUCUGCUGGUGCCAAAUGGUGUGGCAAGAAUUAUCUGUCCUCCGACGGUCCCUCUCCUCCGGGUGGUAACUUCCCUGCCCUCGCAUACUCCGACUCCCCCAGCCUCGCCUUCCGCUGCGCACCCGCCAUCCGCCCCUACCUCGCCGAGGACCAGAGCCAAAAUGGCGCCAUCAUCGUCGACUCCAUCGUCACCAACUACAACCUCACCGGCGCCCAGGCCAUCGGAAUCAAGAGCGGCGCCUCCCUCGCCGAUGCCGGCAGCCUCAACGUCACCCUCUCCGUGAACGGGACAACCCUUGGCUCCGCCAGUGUCCCGCUCAACGCCACCGCGUACGAGAUCCCCAUCAACAUCUCGAGCUUCACGCCCCAGACGACCCCGUACGAUAUCUCGUGUGCCGCGACGUUCGCCGGCUCUUCUGGCACCCAGAAGUACAGCUCGACCGCCGAGCUGACCAUCAUCCCCAACCCCACCAGUGGCUCGGUGACCAAGAUGGACUUGCGCUCAGGUGCACUGCUGGCUAAGCCCGCCAACGGUAACGGCGGCGACUAUGCCCCCGUUUUCCCCGUUGGUUUCUUCACGGACUUCUGGGGGCUUUUGGCUACGAACCUCUCGGUUAUCGAUGAGCUCGCUCAGCAAGGCUUCAACAUGAUCCACCCCAUCCCCACCUUCGACGACUGGGACCUCUUUGAGCAGGUCGUCCAGCGCAUGCAGCAGAACAACAUGUACCUCAUGUACGACAUGCGCUUCGACUACCGCAACCUCACCGCCGUCGAACAGCAAGUCAACAUGAUCAAAGACGCGCCCAAUCUCCUCCUGUGGUACACCGGCGACGAACCCGACGGCACAUCGGACCCUUUCAGCUCCGCGACGGGCGCGUACGACAAGAUCUACGAGCUCGACGGCGCCCGGCACCCCGUCUCGCUCGUGCUCAACUGCCAGGACUACUACUGGCAGGAGUACAGCCAGGGCGCGGACAUCGUCAUCCAGGACGUGUACAUCAUCGGGAACAACAACUCGUACUCGGAGCGCUGGGGCACGCCGUGCACGCCCGAGUGGGGCGACUGCGGCUGCGACAACUGCGAGAGCAUCCUCGCUGGCGAUCAGAGCGGCUUGUACCCGGGCAACACGACGCUCACGAGCAUGUAUGCGGGCGGUGUGCCGGCCAACAGUGGUGUGGGCGCGUUCAAGGCGAUCAGCGACCGUCAGCAGUCGUUUGCGGACCGCAUGGUCGCGAUGGGCUGGGAGCGCACCAAGGCUGCGUGGGCGACGCCUCAGGCAUUCGGCGCUGACGGAGAAUACUGGGCGCGCGUCCCCUCGGGCGAAGAGUUCAUCGUGCAGUCCGUCCUCGGCAUCAACCACGGCGCACUCGGCAUCCUGCCCUGGACAGACCCCGCGCCGGCGGACAUCAUGAACUCGGCGUCGAUGCUCGCCAAGACGCUCCCGCAGCUGACGCCGCUGCUGUUCAGCGGGAACGCGACGCGCACGAACUACGUCGUGAACGGGAUCGACGUCGCCGUGUGGAGCGACGGCGCGUCGACGAUGGUUAUGGCCGCGAACACGCAGUACGCGUCGAACACGGUUACGUGGGCGGACGUGCAGGUGAGCGGCAGUGUGAGCGCGGCGAUGCAGAGCGGGGACGUGAGCAGCGACGGGACCGGGUUUACGCUCGGUUCGAUGGGCUCCGCGGCGUUCUUGUCGAGCGGCGGGACGCGCAGGUGCAUGCGGGGCUUUGAGCGCCGUCACCACUAAGUAUCAGUUACUUAGUUGAUGAUUGGUGGUUGAGCUUUUGGACUCGGAUUCUGCUGCUUAUUUAGCAUAACGGGGCGAACUGGUCUUGGGGCUUAGGGUACUUACGUAUAACGGCUCUUUGUUGGUCUCUUAAUUCUUUGACGGUCUUUACUUACACAUGGACAGUAGUAUCACGUUUGUGGUACUUGAUUAAACAACGGGUUUUGCGAUUUACGAUGUCGUGGUGUGGUGUAGAUCUCUUUCUUUCGAGGCGUGAGGGUUGUCAUGCUCGU